CAGAACAGAAUCCAACGUCAAAAUACGAUAUAAAAAUAUCAUGUAAUAUUUUCAUUAUAUUUCGCAAAAAGGGCCAAGAAAGUAACAGAAACAGUUUAGUAGAAACUAUUCUAUCGUCAUAAUGUUUAAGCUACUGCAGCGGAAUGGCAGACGAAGUGCCGUUAUCAAAUUAUUUACCGAAAAUAAGUUUGAGGUUAGGAAAGCAAAAGUAUACUACGCCUAUUCUUCAGUUGGCACCGUCAGAUUUGCGUCCACAGGCAGCGAAUUGGGGAAGGCGGGGCCGCUGAUCGAGAGUAUACCGGAGCCGCCGCCGGUGCCGGACGCGGCGGCGCUCGACGCGAUACAGAGUCUAGCGGCCAAUGGAGAGCCGACAUUCGCGAGCAUCGGCCUGGGCGGCUGGAGCCCCGUGGGCAUGGUGCAGAACUGCCUCGAGUUCGUGCACGUCACCAUGGACAUCCCGUGGUGGGGCGCCAUCCUCAUCGGCACGGUGGUGGUGCGCCUCGCCAUGUUCCCGCUGGUCAUCAUGUCGCAGCGCAACUCCGCCGUCAUGAACAACCACCUGCCGCAGAUCCAGCUGCUGCAGCUCAAGAUGACGGAGGCGCGGCAGACCGGCAACCAGCUCGAGGCUGCCCGUUAUGCACAGGAAAUGGUGGCCUUUAUGAAAGAGAAGGGUUUGAACCCGUUGAAGAACAUGAUUGUUCCACUGGCGCAGGCGCCGCUGUUCAUUUCCUUCUUCGUGGGUCUCCGAGGCAUGGCCAACUGCCCAGUGGAGAGCAUGACCCACGGCGGUCUGUGGUGGUUUCUUGACCUGACAGUCCCAGACCAGUACUUCUUGCUGCCAAUCAUCACAAGUGCCACAAUGAUGGCCACCAUAGAGCUGGGUGUUGACGGUGGGCGGCUAGACGCACAGAACAUGCAGCUCAUGCGGUACUUCCUCCGGGCCGUCCCCUUCAUCAUGCUGCCAUUCACUAUCAACUUCCCUGGAGCCAUUUUGGUGUACUGGUGUUCAAGUAACUUUAUCUCACUAGGCCAAGUGGGCUUACUCAAGAUUCCAGCAGUGAGGGAUUACUUUAAAAUACCUAAAUUAGAGUCACACAAACCAGAUUCUUUGCCAAUAAAGAAGAAAGGCUUUGUAGAUGGAGCGAAGGAAUCAUGGACCAACAUGAAGAUCUCACGAGAGCUGGCGGAGCGGCAGAGAAUAGACGAGAUGAUUUUCACAAAAGCUGGCAAAGGACCUCUCCAGAAGACAUAUAAGUUUGACCCGACAAAGUUAUCUAAUGUGCAAGCAAAACCAAAGUAGUGGUUCUAGUUCAUAGUCAGACCCUGUUGUUGAUAAAAAGAUAGAAUACUUGGGCUGCAUACCUAUUGCUAUUAGGUACCACUAGUAAGGUCUAGUGUUUUAAUAUAGAGGCUUCUAACUUUUUAUGAAUACAGGGAUUAGUUUGUAGUGUUACAUAUAAAUAAAAUAUAUUAUUACAUCAA